UCAUCAGACUGCGACAGCCUGGCUGCAGCGGUGUCGGUGAUGGCUGCGGUCCCGGAGCGGAGCAGCGGAGGUUCGGGCUCCUGUGUCCGAUUCGGACGGCCUCGGUGGCUGCUGGCGCCGCUGCUGCUCUCGGUGUGUCUGGUGCCGGCGGUCUCGGCGCUGCUGGAGGGUCUUUAUUGCGGCACUCAGGUCUGCUACGAAGUGCUCGGCGUCACGCGGGAAGCUUCCAAGGCGGAGAUCGCACGCGCCUACCGGCAGCUGGCCCGCCGGUACCACCCGGACCGGUUCCGAUCGGGAGAUCUGGGAGCCGAGGGAGAGACUCAAGAGUCCGCCGAGCAGAAGUUUCUGCUGAUCGCCACCGCCUACGAAACCUUAAAGGAUGAGGACAGUCGGCGAGACUACGACUACAUGCUGGACCACCCGGAUGAAUACUACCAGCACUAUUACGCCUACUACCGCCGACGCCUCGCCCCCAAAGUGGAUGUCAGACUUGUCAUCCUCAUCACAGUCUGUGCCAUCUCCAUCUUCCAGUACUACAGCUGGUGCAGCAGCUACAACGAGGCCAUCAAUUAUCUGGUGACCGUACCCAAGUAUCGAAUCCAGGCCACUGAGAUCGCCAAACAGCAGGGCCUACUCAACCGCUCCAAGGAGAAAGGCAAGAACCGGCGCUCCAAAGAGGAGAUCCGAGAGCAGGAGGAGGAGGUAAUCCGUGACAUCAUCAAGAACAAGAUCGACAUUAAAGGUGGCUACCAGAAGCCGAAUGUGACAGACAUCUUGCUGUGCCAAAUCAUCCUCUUCCCGUACUACCUGACUACCUACGUCACAUGGUACGCCGGCUGGGUGUACCGCUUCACUAUCUGCCGUGAGGAGUACGGCGACGAUGAGAAGCUUUACCUCAUCAGGAGGCUGAUGAAAAUGUCACAGUCUCAGUUUGACAGUCUGGAAGAAAGCAGCAAACGGACGUUUCUGGACAAACGGCUCUGGAUCCGAGAAAACUUUGAGGUUUACCGGCGGCAGCAGGAAGAGGAGAUGAAGGUGAAGAUGGCGAUGGACCCGCGGAUGAAGCGUUACCGCCGCUGGAUGAAGAACGAGGGACCCGGCCGGCUCACCUUCGUUGACGACUGACGGCGUGCGUGGGUUUGUAACAGCACGCCCACCUUACUGGUGAUGCAUGCGUGGCAGAUGAAGCUGCGAAUAGACACGUUAACUCCGCCCCUUUCUACAGGCAGGCAUGUUUUCGUCACGAUGUGUCAGAUGAUUGAAGGUUCAAUAAAACAUGAGCAGGAGUUUACGAUUUAUUUAAAACAAAAAAAUUAGACUACACGUCUCAUUUUUUAAAUCAAAUUUUCUCCACCUGAGUUUUGUAUCAACAGAUUUCUAUAUCCAUUUCUUUUUUUUUUCUUUAAUCAGAGACUGUUACUGUUGCAGCUACUGUCAGUAAUAUUUAAAGAAGAAAUCGCCAAGUGUUUAUAUUUUUGUCGUUUUGUAUACAAAGAUCAUCACCAGAGUUCAGCUGUUUAGAUCCACCCCUCUGCUGCCAUUUCCAUAGCAACCCGUUUGGUACCUGAGUGUGUUUAACUGCUGGACACGUGGGCUUUUGUUGGAUGACUGUUCUAGGAGAAAAAUUCUGCAUCAUUUUUUUGUGGCAUUUCCUUCAUUGGCGCCAUCAGUGCGUCUGCACAAGAUUAUCGCCAAAGUCAACGGCGACAGUCACCAACUCUACUUUCACCUUGCUGUGACCUUUGACCUAGGCUGAGGGAUCUCAUGUUCAACAUCUUUCAAACCGGAAAAAUAAAGACCGAAGCGCCCCCCCCCCCAACAUGCUGGGAAAUCACUACAUUCACUUCCUCCUUUUCUUCAUUCAACCAGUCGGUAAACGAGGUGCGUUUGUGUCACUCAGGAAUACGGUGAACACGCUGCAGUUUUCUUUCCUGGCCCCACUGAUGGAUUAUUUUCUGGAUUUAAGGAGGAUUGCGGUUACGAAGGGGCAGGUGUGUGCAUCUGUGUGUCCGUCCUUGUUAUUUCAGGUAAAAAGUCAUUGGUUGAUGUCAUGUUUGUAUUUCCUGGAGAAAUUCAACAAAGUGGCAUGAAAAUCUGAGUUUGUUUUCUCAGAAUGCCGUUUAUCUGAUUUAUGUAGAAGUACUGUGAGCUCAUAAUCUGCUGCGAUAAAUUACAAACUAAAUGGUAAUUUGUCAUGAGGACAUUUUUUAAGAGUUAAUAAAAACACUUUUUAAGA